AAAAUUGUUCGCAAAGCAAUUUGUGACAAAAUAGAUAAUAUUAAAUAUCCAUCCAAUGAUCUUUUUGAAAUUGUAUUAAAAUUAGCUCUUGAAACUCAUAAUAAAGGACAAUUAGAAGCUGUUCUUACAAAUCUUUCAUGGAAAAAUUUAUGGAAUAGUAAAUAUCAAAGUGAAAUAAAAGGCAAAGUUAAAAAAGCCUUAAUUGAAGUAUUUGGCAAAGAUCGAUUUCCACCAAUUGAGCAAGUACACCUAUCAGCUGACCAA